UUUAAGAGGAAACUGAGUCAAAAAAAACAACUUUAAAACCAAAAGUGUAGAAAUUAUGUAUUUCUUCAAGGAGAAAAAACAGCAACAAGAGACUUACAGAUAACUUGUAAUAUUUAAAAUGCAUGAUGUUAUUUUACCUGUAGGCCCACAGGAUUUUUGCCAGUCAUACAGUGAAACUGUUAUUGAGCAACUUAACCACUAGAGAGCAGCCUUUUCCAUAUUAUUGAAAGUUUAUAUUUUCAGAGAUAUCCUUCCUCUGCACAUUAAUUCUCUUUUACCGUUGGUUGUGUGUUUGCAUGUGUCUGUAAUAUUAAGGGAGUUUGAAUAUGAUAAAAAGACAAAGAGAGAAGAAGUUUGAGCAUAUGUUGUAAAUUUUGCUGUGGACAAGUGCCAACUUCAAUGAAAACCCCACUUCCCCAAAAAACUCUUCCACUCUCUCAGUAAGUACUCUACAGCUCCCCUGUACUUUUUCCCCAUAUCUCAGCAUCAUUCAACUGCACAAUGUCUUCAAGUAUCACUGAGUUCAGAUCCCUGUACAGUCCCUCAGCUGCAAUCAACAUGGAGCUAAUGUGAAGGGAAGAAAGUCAGACAGACAGGGAAAAGCAGAGAGGAGGGGUUAGAUAAGGCACGAAUGUAAAAAUAGAUGAAUCAAAUGAAAAGAAAAAUUGACUGCUGAAGAAGGCUGUAAAAAAAAGAAUACACCCUCACAUGAGCCGGUGAGACGAAGAGACAAAAGGUAGCUGGAAACAAGGAAAAGGAGAACACUAACAAGGGAAUAACAACAGAAGAAAGAAGUGACAGAGGCCCAGGAAAAUUUGUGAAAACUUCCUCUCGUAGCCCACUGGAUGAGUCAGCCAUGAAACUCAGCUUCACCGCUCACGCCCUGUUUCUUCUCCUGAUUCUUCACACUUGUACAAUCAUGGGAGGCAGAGCCCAGCGGAGACAGAGACAAGCUGAGGAGAGGCUGAGACCGUAUAUUGGCAGAGUAGAGCCAGAAAAGCUUUGUGAGCUGCUGAAAUGCCGCAGUCCAGUGGGAUCUUGGUGCCAGGUAGUUCAGGAAAAUGGAGUUCUCGUCCCCAAGUGUGUUUGUCCUCAGUCCUGUCCACGGCAGAGGGCACCAGUGUGCAGUGUUCUGGGAAAGACCUAUGGGAAUGAGUGUUUGCUGCAUAAGGAAGCCUGCAGAAAGAGACGCCGCACCGGACUAGCUCACACAGGACCCUGUCUGGUCCCCAAGGCUAAAUGCACUGAGGAGGAGUUAAGCCAGUUUCCAUAUCGUCUCCUGGACUGGUUCCUGCUCCUGAGUCGUAUGGGGGAGUCCUAUGUACCUGCUGCCCUGCCCCAGAGCUGCCUCAGCCAUGCCCAGAGGACGCAACUAGCACAGCAAAGAUUUACGGUACUGGACAAGAACAACGAUGGCAAGUUGAGCCGCCGGGACCUGAGGAAGCUGCGUUACAAGAGGAUGCCACUGGAGCACUGUGCUACACCAUUCUUUCAGUCAUGUGAUCAGAACAGGAACAGGAAGGUGACCCUGCAAGAGUGGACGACCUGUCUGGUGGAUCGCUCCGAGGACUGGUUCUACCAUUUCAUGUCAAUGAGAAUGGGGUCCCGCAAGUUGUGUCCUACAAUCAAAGAGAACCACCUUUGAAAUGAAAAACAGCCAUGAACUCCUUCCUGCAUGUCCUUUUUACAUUACUGUAUAGGGAACUCACUGGAGACAACAGCACCACAGUUACCUAAUAUAAAAGCUACACAGUUGGAAUCUCUACACACUGUUUACGCAUCUGUUUCACGCCAGUAUUCAUGCUCGUAACAUAGGGAUUAAUAACCUCAUCAAAUCUGAAAGUCUGCUGGUUGUCUGUGCAUUCAUGUGUGUAAAUACAUGUCUGGACGGACUGAC